CAUUGAAUGUCAAAUAUAAAUCAAACAAAAUUUUGAAACGCUCUCGUUCGGUCAAUUCGCGCAAUUUGUACGGAAAAUAUUUGAUGAAAUUGAGUUUUUGUAUGUUUAAUAUUUAAUUUUAUAUCAAAGUGAUGCACAGUUGUACUUUACUUUAACAAUUGCAGGUUAUGUUAUUGCCGCUUACUCCAAACACAGUUUCGAAUCCCUGAGUCCGAAUCCACGAUGAGCCAACUCGAACGCUCGCUGCUUCUGCUGGACGAAUCCGUCGUCAAAUCCAAGCGAGGGCUUCUCCGGGCAAAAGACCGUGAGCUACGCAGUCCCCAUCAAUCGCUGCUGGGUGCUGGUGAGCCAAAUGAAUCGACAAACGCCGAAUUUGAUGUGUCCCUGACGGUGGGACCGCACGAACUCCGUAGCUUCAUGUUCGAUAGCCAGCAGAAUAAUCUGUCGGCUAGUAGGUUGAGUUUGGCCGGAAGUCAGAUCAGUACGACGGGACUGAAUGUGAAACAUCGGACCGAGGCAUUGUUCGGGCAGUUUUUGGAAGUGCUGCAAAGGAGAAACAGCGAAGCGGAGGUUUUUGAAACCGUUGAGGAUUUGAUAGAGACCUUGGACGAGGUUUUGAAUGGCAUCGACAAAAUGAUGUCGCAGACUGCGUUUGGGAAGCAAAGGAAAGUCUUGGCCGAUGAAACGUGGUUGAACGUAGAGCGAGAUACCUGGAAGCUGCUGUUUGCCCUUUACAAAGAUCGACUGGUAGUGCAGAAGGAAGAUGCCGAAAUGGACGAUUUGCCUUUGGUUAACAGCGAGAGGGCAAUUGUGGAGCACUUGUACGCAGCGAAUGCCAAUUUAAGAGAAUACCAGCUAAUUGUGGAUUGGUUAGAACAAACGGCAUUGGAACAGAAUCGAAUGCAAAUCGGGCAUUUUACGGAUCGGACAAUUGCCUGGGAGAAUACACUGCAUCAGUUGCAAAACGUCGGAUUGACCGCUUUUGGAAGUACUAGGGAGAUAGUGAAGAGUUUGGAUCCGGAUGCGCCGGUUCGAGAGCGUCGUCCUUUGCACGAUUUGGACGUUGAGGAUCAGGCGCGUCUUUCUAGACAAAUCUUCCAGGAGGUGCGAUUCGGGAGAAUUGAAGAAGCACAAAAUCUGUGCGAGCACUCUGGACAACCCUGGAAGGCUGCGAUACUGGAAGGAUGGAGAUUGCAUCACGAUCCGAACUAUGAACCUGCAGCAGCUACUUCCGGCAAAGCUUUGACCGUGGGUGUAAAGCAGGCCAUCGAAGGUAAUCCACGGCGGGAUCUGUGGAAAAAGUUUGCCUGGAAGAUGGCCGAAAGUCGAGCCGUGGAUGAUUAUACCCGAGCCACCAUUGGAUCGUUCUGUGGAAAUUUAGAUUCUCUGUUGGGAAUUCUGGGUGAUCAUAAUUGGACGGACGUGCUGUGGGCUUAUCUAAAGACUCAAAUCGACAUCCGCGUCGAGAGCGAAAUCCGAUCGCACUGUGUCAAAAGUUAUCUUCCAAUGCCGGAGAAGUACUGGAACAGCAAAAUGUCUUUGGAGCAAAUCUUCGAGGAACUGGAGGCGCACAAAAACAUUCGCAUCAAAACGGCCGCCCGCGAUGUAGAUCGUGUCAUUCAGAAGUAUCUGAUUCUGGAUGAUAUUCCGGAGCUGAUGCGCCAGUUCGAUGCCUGGCUUUCGGAUAGUUCCUUCCCGUUGACGGCGCAGAUGCUUCGUUUCCUAACCCAUCUGGUGUUAUUCAUUCGCCAGAUUGGAAAACAGUGCCAAGAAGACAUUGGCGACAAGGUUAUUAAGCGCUACGUGGAAUGUUUAAUCAAACACGGCGAUGCCCAGCUGGUAGCUUUCUACACAGCCGCUCUGCCCACCGAUUUGCAACUAUUGAUGUAUUCGAGCUUCCUGGAAACGAUUACCGAAACGCAGGCAAGGAAACGUGUCUUGGAAGAAGCGUACAACUUUGGUUUGGACGUUCCGGCCAUUACGGUCUACACGGUGGAGAAGAUUCGGAACCGCGAAGACGAGUCGGACGUCAAACCACAGGAAGGUGACAUCACACCUCUGGAUCAGAUAAAAAUUUCCUCGCUCGAGUGGCUCAUUUUCUAUCCGGAUCAGCGAGGUGAACUGCUGUGGCAGGCGAAUAGUUUGGUUCGCGCCUUCCUCGCCAAACGUAACGUUGAAGCAGCACGGAAAGCUUUUGCUGUGGUACCUGUUGAUACGAUUCAGCAGAUAAUCAACAACUACGGCUCGAAAGAUGACCUUCCACGUAAGGAGGAAGCCAGCAUCAAAGAAUAUCUUUGCCAUCAAACCUACCUGGCGGCGAUUGACGGUUACAACGAUUGGGUUGAGUAUUACUACAACAUGAAGCCGAAAGCCCCACAGUUGGUCAAGUCCAACAACUUUACGGAACGUGUUGCCUCGGAGCAUCGCGAGCAAACCUACCGGAUGGAUCUGGAACGCUGGCACUCUCAGCUGCAGGAACAGACCACGGUUACGCGGGAUCUGUUGUACAAUAUUCUACUAUUUCCCGAGAAGGGAUGGCUCAUCGAUCCGGAUUUCGAUGGCAAGGAAGAUGGCCAAGAAGAGGAAGACUGGCUUAAUCGGGCCGUUCAAAUGGAAAACUUGCGAAAAUUGUGCAUUCCCGAUGUGGUACUGUUGUUGCACCAGAUAUUCACACUUUCCGGCCGAUACAGCGAGAGUUUACAACUAGCCGAUGUCAUUAGUUCGGAACAACGACAGCUUUACAGCGUCUACUCGAAGUACAAACUGGCGGAGGUUAUGACCAAAAUUGCCGAGUCUUCGUUGGCACUGAUGAAUGAGAAAUUGGAUCCAUUCGUUGGAGAUGAAGGAAAGAAAAAGUAAGUUUGGAUCGUGUUAGUAUGGUAAGUAGACUUUUUUCCCAGUAUAAGUUGUUUGCAUUUAAAAUAAAUAUACUUCCAACGUAAA